AUGUCUUCUCCACAACAGCUGAGGACUACGGUCACAGAUCUCUUGAAGAUCAACCACCCUGUCAUGUUGGCCGGCAUGAAUGUGGCUGCUGGUCCCAAGUUGGCCGCCGCAGUCACAAAUGCCGGCGGUAUUGGCGUUAUUGGCGGUGUUGGCUAUACCCCAGACAUGCUUCGAGAACAGGUUGCCGAACUCAAGGGCUAUCUGAACGACAAGAAUGCACCCUUUGGUAUUGAUCUCCUCCUACCUCAAGUCGGUGGAAGCGCCAGAAAGACAAACUACGAUUACACCAAGGGGAAGCUCGGUGUAUUGGUUGAUAUCGUUAUUGAAUCUGGGGCCAAGCUGUUUGUUUCGGCUGUUGGCGUGCCUCCUCGUGAGAUUGUUGAUAAGCUCCACAAGCAUGGCGUUCUAUAUGCCAACAUGAUUGGUCACGUAAAGCAUGUGAAGAAGUGCCUUGACCUCGGCGCGGAUAUCAUCGUUGCUCAGGGUGGUGAAGGUGGUGGCCACACUGGUGAUAUUCCCACUACCAUUCUCAUCCCAGCAGUUGCCAAGAUUCUGGCCGAUGCACCCAACUCCAAAUUCACAGGUAAACCAGUUCAGCUGGUGGCUGCAGGCGGUAUCUUCAACGGACAGUCGUUGGCCGCAGCUUUGAUGUUGGGCGCCUCCGCCGUCUGGGUCGGAACGAGAUUCGUUCUCUCCGAGGAAGCCGGUGCACCAAAGGCUCACCAAGAAGCCGUCCGAACCGCCGGCUUCGACGACAAUAUCCGGACUAUCAUCUUCACUGGCCGACCUCUCCGGGUCAGAAACAACGAAUAUAUCCGCAAUUGGGAGGAGAAUCGCCAGGCCGAGAUCAAGACUCUGACUGAUAAGGGUGUCAUUCCCGUUGAGCACGAUUUCGAAGAGAAAGGUGACGAUCUCUCCGACGAAGACAUGGAGAACGCCCGUCCAUUCCUGAUGGGCAAGGCCGCAGCCGUGGUCAACGAGAAGAAGCCCGCACGCGUCAUCAUCGACGAGUUCGUCAACGAUGCUGUCGCUGAGCUACGGAAAGGAAACGCUCUCAUCGUGUCCAAGAGCAAGCUAUAG